CAAUGUAUUAACAGCACCCUUGAUCGUUCCGAUCCUCCGAACCCAUGUUUGCGCUGCCUGUUUUGGUCUCAUCACAUGUGGUGGUACGGUUUUGAAGGAAGAAUUUUUUUUCUCUUCGUUUUAAUGGUUUUAGCCUGACUUGUUUACAAUUUGUUUCUAGAAUUGGAUACUGCACCACUUCUUCAAUUAUGCAACGCAUUGUGAAACCAAAGAAUCAACGAACUAAAAGAGCUCUAGAACAUCGAGCACCCAAGUUAAUAGAAAAAACAAAAACUGCAAUGUUUGUCCGUGGUGGUCGAACCAGUGAGCGGGUCACUCAAGUACUAAAAGAAUUGUAUAUGCUGAAGAAGCCACAUGCAGUUAUGUUUAAAAGGAAAAACAUUUUAAGGCCAUUCGAUGACCAAACAUCAUUGGAAUUUUUUUCCAAUAUGAAUGAUGCGUCUCUGUUCCUUUUUGGCUCGCAUUCUAAGAAGCGACCCAACAAUCUUGUUUUUGGAAGAACAUUUGAUCACCAAAUAUUAGAUAUGAUUGAGCUGGGAAUUGAUAGUUUCCAGUCCCUAAGACAGUUUAAGAAUUUAAAGAUCACUGAAGGAACAAAGCCCUGUUUGCUCUUUUGUGGGGAAUUAUUUGAGAAUGACGAAGAGCACCGGAGACUAAAGAGUUUGCUUAUAGAUUUUUUCCGUGGUGAAAAUGUUUCGAAUAUUCGAUUGGCUGGUCUGGAACAUGUAAUCUGUUUCACUGCCAUCGCUAACAAGAUCUUAAUGAGAGGAUACAGAACGGUUUUGAAAAAAUCUGGUUGCAAGACUCCAAGAGUAGAAUUAGAAGAAAUUGGGCCGUCUCUGAAUCUAAUCUUUAGGAGGACAAAACUGGCCUCGGAUGAUCUUUUCAAGAGGGCCUCAAAACAACCAAAGGCAUUAAAGGCAAAGAAAAAGAAAAACAUUGAUGUUGAUGUGUUUGGUACCAAACAUGGGAGGAUACAUAUGCAGAAACAAGAAAUUAGCAGUCUACAAACAAGGAAGAUGAAAGGAUUAAAAAGAAGUGGAGUCAACACGGUCGAUGACAGCAAUAAAAAAGCAAAAACAGAUGAGGGAGAAUGAAGGGUCUUCCAUGAUGACAGACUAACCCAGAGCAAUCUAACACUAACAGCUCAAAUUAAACUGGCCAAUAAUGGCCGGCUUGAUCACAUUGGCAUUCUUACAAUACUCACCGGUGUAAAUCAUGGGCAUAGGUGAGGACACAAAGUGGGUUAAGUUCUCAUUUUUUGCACCCUCAAAAAACCAGCCUCCGCUGCUGUAAGGCCAUUGUUAUAAAACAUGUCAAGCUAAGAGCUUGUACUCGUAGUAAAAAACAAGUUGUCAAGCCUGAUGUAUAAUGUGCGCACUACGUAGUAAUCGUGCUGUGUCUACGUGGGGGAUCAGGCUUGGGAUUAAUCAAUCUAACCUUAGAAAAUUAAUUAAUUAAUUGCAUUAAAAAAUGUGACCCAAAGCAAAAUGCUUAAGUUCAUUUAGCAAACCAUCUUAGCAUUGUCAUAGAUAAAUUAGUCAUAGACAAUUUUUUAUCAAUGCAAUGCCUGCGUGAAUGAAAUUUUAAGGUCAGUAAUUAUGAAGUCAGCGACCUUUAAUAAUUGACGUAUGCAUGCAAUAGCGAUUUACGAAUUUCACAUUUUUAAUAUUUUUUAUUUGUGAGAGAAUGCAGUAAAGUAACUGUGUCAUUUCAGUUACACAAUUUUUUUUGCAAUGGAAAAAAAAAAUGAUUUUACAAUAUUUGUUUUAUUAAAUUGAAAAAAAAAAAAAAUAGAGAAAAGAUGUCAGAAACAUGCAUCUUCUAUACCUUAUACAAAUUAGAACCUUUAUUAAUGGCAUCAAAAAGGUGUCCCAUGAUAAGGGUGUCACCUUAAUAGGGAUAUCCUAAAGAAGUUGUUUAUUUUAAAAGUUUCCAAAGCUAGUCGUAUUAAAUUUUGUUAUGCAUCGGCAUGUUGCCAUAGGCUUCUAGAGCCUUAGAAUGAUCUAUUCAGUACAGAUUUUUGUGCCUAUCAGACUGCGGUAAAACUAUUACUCUUGCAUCAUAAUAUUCCUUCAUCAAGUUUUGCUCGGUGGCAGAUCAAAGGGGUGGAAAAAGAUUGUUCCCUCUCCCCGGCAGGAGCCAUGAAUUCACUAACUAGUGUGAAAUCAUUUAGAUAAGACAUUAAAAUGACUAAAACUUUAUAGCUUCCUGGAGCCCCACAAUAAGGUUCCAU